AUGUGUGGCGUUCCCAUACCGAGGAGCAUAUCAAGCACCCUCAUUGUGCUUCUCCCGAAAGUUGAUGCUUCUCGAACCUUCUCUGACUUUCGCCCCAUCAGCUUAUGUACAUUCGUCAAUAAAGUAUUCACCAAAAUACUAAGCAAUCGGCUCAAAUCUGUCAUGCCUUUGCUUAUCUCCCCGGAGCAAUCAGCGUUUGCCCAGAGCAAGGAGAUCUCUGAUAACGUUCUGAUCGCCCAAGAUAUGGUCGCGGGUCUCGACAGACGAACUCGGGGCCAUAACAUAAUCUUCAAACUAGACAAGAUAAAGGCGUUUGACCAUGUAUCAUGGGAAUUUCUAUCCCGCCUCCUCCUCCGUUUGGGUUUUCCCUCUCAUUUUGUGGCGUUGGUGCUCAAUAACCUCUGCUCCGCUUGGUUCUCCGUACUCAUUAAUGGGAAGCCGCAUGGUUUCUUCCAGGCAGGCCGUGGCAUAAAGCAAGGGGACUCCUUAUCGCCUUUUCUUUUCAUUUUGGUAUCCGAAGCGCUCAGCCGCGGCCUUGGCUCCCUACUGGCAGAGGGGAAACUCAAGGCCUAUGCACAACCGCAAAGCACGGUGCCGAUCUCCCACCUAGCCUUUGCGGAUGACAUCGUCAUUUUCACCACAGCGGACCGCCGGACAGUGCGCCACCUUAUCGAUUUCUUAGAGGUCUACCAACGGGGCUCAGGCAUAGAAGCGCUUAAUAACCAGACUAACGGGCUUCCGCCAGAACCAGCUUCCCUCGGUUGUUGUCUCUACAAGGGCAGGACCAAACGAGAGUACUUCCAACCCUUGGUUGACAAGGAUGCAACGCAAGUUUGUGGGUUGGAAGAACAAGAUGCUCUCAGCGGGGGGCCGCUUAAUCUUGAUCAAACAUGUUCUAGCUGCAAUACCGCAAUACACCUUUACAGUUCAGGAGCUCUCCAAAACGAUUCUAAGCCAGAUUCGUCAGAUUAUGGCUCGUUUUUUUUGGGGGGAGGCAGAUGGGCGAGACAAGCGGCACUGGAGGAACUGGAGUGCACUUUGCCAACCCACCGCACACAAUGGCCUAGGUCUUUAACAGCUCGAGGACGUUUGCUUUGCUUUUGGGUGCAAACUAUGGUGGAGGCUGCGAAGUGGCGCCAUGCUCUGGACCCACUAUGGUCCACGGCGGUAACGCAUCCUUUUGGUUCGAUAACUGGCCCGCUCGGUCACGGGAAACAAGCUCUCCAUUUACCUGCCAUCAGUAUCGCGGAGCUACGAGCAAAGAGGCAGUGGCGACUUGAUCGGGUUGGGGUGGCUCUCACCAGUGAGGAGCGGCGGCGAGUCCUAGCGUCCACGCUUCUCCCCUCGCACAGGGCGGACCGCGUGGUCUGGCAACUCUCCACAGUAAGCGUUUUCAAAGUGGCUUCGGCGCUGGAGAGACUUCAGUCUCCUUCCAACCCCUUAAUAUCUUGCAAACUCAUUUGGAACCAACGCAUACCGCUCAAGAUCUCCAUAUUCAUGUGGCGCCUACUCAAUAACCUGCUGCCUUUCCCAGACAUCCUCAGACAGUUUGGCUUCCAUUUGCCGUCCAAGUGCCCUUUCUGCCCUAGUGAGGAUAUGCUAACCCAUUGCUUUGUCGACUGCCAAACAGCGUGCCAAGUCUGGUGUUGGUUUGAACAUGCCCUCCAUUUAAAUGCUGGUGCAGCGGACUCCCUUUUUCUCAAGCUGCAGGGCUGGUGGAUGCACUCCUCUGGCAAGACACUUUUUGCCACCUUCGCCCACCUCUUGCUGGUGUUCAUUUGCUGGGAACUAUGGAAAGCUCGGACCAAGGCGGUGUUUGAAAACAUGGUGUCUUCGCCAGAGCAGGCCUGCCGUCGGAUAGUAACAUUAGUGAAUCUGAUUGGCGAGGCUCACCCGUGGCCUUAUUCGGCUCCUCAUGAUCCUAUCUUCUGCCGCCUAGGAGUGAAAGUGGUGGCAACUCAGCUGCAGCGUUGCACAUGCGUUUCCCUCUCUUGGUCUUUUCCCCCUUAUCCUUAUGCGAAACUGAACGUGGAUGGCUCCUCUUUCGGCAAUCCGGGCUUCGCAGGGGGAGGAGGGAUUUUACGUGAUCACAUUGGCAGAGUCUUACGGGCUUUCUCCACCUUCUACGGACCACGUACCAACAUGGAAUCAGAGGCUAUGGCCCUGCUGGAGGGACUUCGCCUGUCUAUGUCCCUAGGGCUGCCAAAACUUAUUGUGCACAUGGACUCAAAACAAGUGCUCCAGAUGGUGCAAUAG